AUGGCAGACCCGGUGGCUGAUUUCCUCCAAAGAGAGCAGAACUUGCUGGCCGAACUUGACGGAGAUGCUCCUCCACCAACACAGGAUGUUCCUCCAGCCUUCGUCGAAGAUUUUGGACAAAUGGCCGUCGCCGAUCCACCUUCACACACCAAUGAUUUUGGAGUUGAUUCGGCUUUCGCUGACAUGAGUGCUGCCUCAAAUUUGGACAACUCGGCUAGCCAGAACGGUCGCUCAUCCACAGGGCCAUCACCUGUUCCAAUGGUGCCAAAAAUCGAGGCAGAGAACAUUCGUCGAUGGAGGGAACAGCAACGGGAAAUGCUUGAGAAGAAAGAUGCUGCCGAGGAAAAGAAAAAAGCCGAAUGGAAAUCCCAGGCGAAGAAGGACUUGGAGGAAUGGAACUCUCAGCGGGAUGCUUCCCUUGUCAAAGCCAAGGAAAAUAACAGGAAAUUGGAAGCCGAGCACGCAGCACAGCGUCAACGCGAACAGGGCAGUGAAGCGGCAUGGGAUGAGAUUGCCAAGUUGUGCGAGUCGAAGCCGAAGGGAAGCACGAAAGAUGUGAGCCGAAUGAAGACGCUACUUCUUCACCUCAAGGAACUCCAAAACCAA